UGACCUGGCUAACUUCUGUGAGCAGCUCGGCCUUGGAGGCGCGGCUUUGUUUGGAGGGAGAUGAGGAGGCUGCUGAGCUUCUGCCAAAUGGCCUCUCCCCAGAAACCUGGAAUACGUUUUGGACCCGGCACCGAGCUCACUGUGCUUUAAUUUGAAGCCAAGGUAAUUUUAAUGAUGAUACACGGUCCUGUUGGCCCUGAGACGUGACGGAGACGUCGCCUGUGUGAUGAGUGUUGAGGUCGGAGUCAUCGCUGGCAGGGACUCAGUCAUCACCUACAGACAGUUGUCACACGUCACAAGAGUUAGAACCAACUCAGAUCACUUUAACGUUGCUACAGGCAGAAGAAGCGGUUCAGCACCACGGACAGCUCCACCAGACGCUAUAAAGUUGAGACUUGUUAGUGUUGAGUUAAGACUUUUCUCACUUCUUGAAUCAGAACCGAGUUUGGAAACGGACCCUUUGUUUCCCGAGCACCACCGCUUCCUGUGCCUCUGGCGCCUCCCAGUAGCCUCCAGUGCACCUGUAGCGCCCAGCGAAGCGCCAGUCGCUCACGUUGACGUCAAAGCAUCCUGUAUAAAACCUGAGCCGCUCACGGGGACGUUUCAGACUCGGCUCCGACGUGGCAGCUCCUCCUCAGACCAGGAUCCGCUGCAGCAUCUGGAGACGAACCAGUCAUGAAACCGGUCCCUCUGCUCCUCCUCCUCAUCUCUGUGCACGUGCGUCCUGCCGCCGGCAGACCGCGCGUCCACGGCUGGUUGGACGGAACCGCUCCACUGGACGAGCGGGACGCCGCCGCCUCGGACCUCCUGAGGUUUCUACAGAGGAGCGACCCGGAGCGUCUGCGCGUGCGUCCGGCACACGACGAGCGCGAGGACGAGGACGAGGACGAGGCCGUGCGGGCGGCGGCGCAGCUGCUGAAGCGCAGCGAGGAGCCGCCGCUGUCCAUCGACCUGACCUUCCACCUGCUGAGGAAUAUGAUCCAAAUGGCCAAGAUGGAGAGCCAGCGCGAGCAGGCGCAGCUCAACCGCAAGGUCCUGGACGAGAUCGGGAAAUGAAGCGUUCCUUUGAACCCGUCCCCGCAUCCGAGACUCUGAACCCAAGUUUGAAUCCUGCGUCGUUUUACGCGCAGAGAGUUGGAGAGCGUCAAACGCGACCCGUCUGGACUGAAGCACUGUGUGUGUAGUUUAAGGAGGUCUCUGCUUCAUGUGAAUGUUCUAGCAGUGAAACCGACACACUGGCAAAUAAAAGGCUUAUUUGAUUAA